GAUUGAUGUAGCCGUACAAUAUUUAUAAACAUAAACAUUACUUACUUGAUAGACUUAAUUUGACUUCCUCACUCUUCAGUCGCCUUCUAAGUUGUGAGUUUAGAUUCCUUUCUUUUUGGACUACAUUUACAUGGCCUACAAUCAAAAUUGUGAUAGGAUUUACUUUCCCUCCCUUAUUCUUACAUUGUGAGAAAUCAAAGUUAGGUUGGAUCAAUAGGUUAAUCAAGGUUCGCUUUUGCUCCAAUGACUCAAGAAAUAAAUUCAACCAUGUUAAGUAAUGAAAUAGCAAAACCACUUCAUUAUCAACAACUGGAGAAGAGUUUAAAUAUCAAACCUUUCUUAUCGUAUGUUGAUAAUUUAUUCAAACAGCCAAUUAGAGAAGAUGAAUUUUCCAGCGAUUCAGAUACAAGGACUGAUGACAACCAGGACUUUUUUUGUAGCCAGUGGAAUCGAAUGCAAACUACAAAAUCAGAUAGGAGAUCUGACAAAAUGAGGUUGUACAAUUUUGCUCAUAUCCAGUGUGACAGACUUUGGCUGCAAGACAUUCUAGUGAGCGAUUCCUCAGAUUCUUCGGAUGAUGAGCCAAUCACAGAGACUCAGCUGCAGGACAUGUUGAAGUUACACCUGUACAAGAAGAAGAUUAAAAAGAAGUUCUACACAAAUCCAGAAAAUAGGCAGUACCAAUAUUACGGGACAGGUCUUCUCUCCAAUUAUGAUAAGUUUUCAGAACACCAGACUGUUGUUGUUGGGAAUAAACGAAAGAAAAAAGGAUUUGUUUUGAAAAAGGAAAAAAUUAAAAAAGAAGAGAGAGAUAGCUUUCUUUUUGGAGAAGAUCAGGACCAGGACUCAAUCCGAGAAGAAAUUAUGGGCGAGUUGAAACUAGGCAGACUGUCUGGACAUGGAAGUAAGAUUUCAAAAAAUAAGAAAAAAGCCCAACAAGCAAAGAAUCCUGAAAUAAUGGCUCACAGAAGAAGGAAGAUUUGGGCCAUUAUGGCUAAAAAGGAACUGGGCAAGGUUCAAAGGGCUAAAAUCAACAACCACAAGGAAGUAUUAACUGGUUGCAGAAGAGUUGCUCAAUAUUGUAUGCGAUAUUGGAGACAAAAAGCAAUGCAGAGUCAGAAAAACAUGAAGGAAACAAUAUGGCGGGCAAAGCGUUUGUCAAGAGAAAUGCAGAGCCACUGGAGGCGUUAUGACCGCGUGGAACGGGAGACACGGCGGCGUAUGGAGAAAGAGGCAGAGGAGCAGCGGAAGAUGGAUGUUGAAUUAAUGGAGGCGAAAAGACAGCAGCGAAAACUAAACUUUCUCAUUACACAAACAGAGCUGUAUGCUCACUUCAUGUCUCGCAAGCUGGGGAAUGCCUCUGCAGAGGAACAGCUGAGGAUACUCAGCCAGCUGGAAGAGGAGAAGAACCCUCGAUUGGCUGCCAUUGACGACUAUGACAGUGAAGUAUUGAAGGAUAAAGUGAAGAACAAUGUAAAAAAUGCUUUCCAAGCGGAGGAAAUGCGGACGCGGCAGUUUGGUUCCGUUCAGAUGCACCCGUCAGAACCCGCAGACCAUCUGGACGAGGAGAGACCUCAACCCGCCAUCUUUAAGGGUACACUCAAACAUUACCAGCUGAAGGGUAUGAACUGGCUGGCAAACCUUUAUGACCAGGGCAUAAAUGGUAUUCUAGCAGAUGAAAUGGGAUUAGGCAAAACUGUACAAUCAAUAGCAUUCCUGUGUCACAUUGCUGAAAAAUACUCUGUCUGGGGUCCGUUUCUGAUAAUCUCGCCAGCAUCAACUCUUCACAACUGGCAGCAGGAGAUGGCUAGAUUUGUCCCUGACUUCAAAGUGGUCCCUUACUGGGGAAGUCCUCAAGAAAGGAAGAUCCUCAGACAGUUCUGGGACCAGAGAGAUCUGCACACUCAGGAGGCAAGUUUCCAUGUGGUGAUCACAAGUUACCAACUGGUCAUCACAGACUUCAAGUACUUCAACCGCAUCAAGUGGCAGUACCUGAUACUAGACGAGGCUCAAGCCAUCAAGAGCACCAGCAGUGUGCGGUGGAAGCUGCUCCUGGGAUUCAGUUGCCGCAACCGUCUGCUGCUCAGUGGCACACCCAUACAGAACAGCAUGGCUGAACUGUGGGCGCUGCUUCACUUCAUCAUGCCGACAAUGUUCGACUCUCAUGACGAGUUCAACGAGUGGUUCUCCAAAGACAUUGAAAGUCAUGCGGAAAACAAAACCAGUAUUGAUGAACGUCAUCUGUCACGUCUGCAUCUGAUCCUGAAGCCUUUCAUGUUGAGGAGGAUCAAGAAGGAUGUGGAGAAUGAGUUGUCAGACAAGAUAGAAGUGAUGGUGUAUUGUCCUCUCACCACUCGUCAGAAGGUGCUCUACUCAGCUCUCAAGAAAAAGAUUAGAAUUGAAGAUCUGCUACAUUCUUCAGGCCCAUACCAGUCAUCUCAGAGCAUCACUUCCAGUUUAAUGAACCUGGUCAUGCAGUUUCGAAAGGUGUGUAACCACCCAGAGCUGUUUGAGCGGAGGGAAGCCAAGUCUCCUCUGUGGACUCAGUGUGAGGAGAGUCUCUAUGUGUUGCCCAAGCUCGUACUAGAGAGUGGGCUGCUCCACCGAGCCCUGCCCAGUCUACACCACAUUUUCUUCAACUUCCUCAGCAUACUACAUCCUGACUAUGUUCACCAUUCACUCUUCUCAGACUAUGAAGAUGACAAAUCCAGCUUCUUUUGUUUUACUCGUUUAAUUGGCUUAUCUCCUGAAGAUAUAUUCCAGUUAACUGUUGGAGGACUUUUAAACAGGUGGUUGAAUGUUGUGGAAGCCGUCCAGAGAGGGGAACUGAUGUUGCACAGACAGGAGUGGUGGGGGUGGAACAGGGCCGGGGUGUUGGUUCCACGCAGACUGCCUGCAGAGCUCACGUUCACUGCGGCAGAAGGCCACCGCUGUGUGUUCGCCCACAAUACUGUGUCCAUCCAUUCUACACCUGAGACUGUGGAACAUAGAGUACUGCGCUCUAAGAAACUCAUUCCUCAGGUAGAGUUUUCGAGUCCCACUAAGUCGAAAGCAGCUGUCGAAGAAAUUACAGUAUUGCCAGAGUUCCCGCACAUACCCCGGCCAUUGCUAGAGCUGACAUGUUACCCAACCUAUCUACCUAGCUUUCUGUAUUCCACACAUCCAAAGGUGGUAGCAAAGACCUGGCAGGAGUACGCCAGCAGUAGAUCAGUGGCCUGGUGGCUGAUGAGUCACAACCAGUGCACCAACAAGGAUGGUCUAGAAGCUGUCUGGCACGGCAGCCCUCAGCUGGCGGAACACUUCCACUCGGCUCCGCAACACUUCCACCCACCACAACUGGGUGGUCUCACGGCAUCCACCCCACUCUAUGGCUGGUCUCACAUCGCCAUCCCAGACAAGGAGACGCUGGUGACAGACGCAGGGAAGUUGUUUGUGCUUGACAGUCUACUGGGAAGGCUGAAGCAGCAAGGACACAGAGUCCUCAUCUACUCUCAGAUGACAAGGAUGAUUGAUCUAUUGGAGGAAUACAUGUGGCAUCGGAAACUGACUUACAUGAGACUAGACGGUUCAUCUAAAAUCUCAGAGAGAAGAGACAUGGUUGCAGACUUUCAAGCGAGAGCUGACAUUUUUGUGUUCCUGCUGAGUACCAGAGCUGGAGGUCUAGGUAUCAAUCUCACAGCUGCAGACACAGUGAUCUUCUACGACAGUGACUGGAACCCGACAGUAGACCAGCAGGCCAUGGACCGAGCACACAGACUUGGUCAGACCAAGCAGGUCACAGUGUAUCGGCUCAUCUGCAAGGGCACAAUAGAGGAGAGGAUCCUGCAGCGAGCUAGGGAGAAGAGUGAGAUCCAACGUGUGGUCAUCAGUGGAGGAAAUUUCAAACCAGAUUCACUGAAACCGAAGGAAGUUGUGUCUUUACUUCUGGACGAUGAAGAGAUUGAGAAAAAAUAUCGCCAGAAGCAGGCUGAGAGAAGAAAGGCUGAGGAAAACCGUGCUGACUUCUACAGAGAAAGAGAUAAGGAGAGAAAACGUAAACAGAUGUUUGGAUCUUUUAAGGAACCAAUCAAACAGAUCAAACUGGAGGAAGGAGUUGAAGAAGGGUUUGAGUCCACGCCCACGAGCCCAGCCCCCAGCGAGGUGAGUGCGAUGCUGGAUGAUACAAGCAGUGAUGCUCUGGUUGUGGAUGUUGACGGACCUUCCACUGAGAUUAUUCCUCAAGUGAGGACCCAUGGAUCUAAGAGAGGCCGACCAAGAGGGUCUCGUCGUGGAGGACCUACACGGGGAUCUAUUCAGUUAACAGCCAAUAUCGGUACGCCAGGAGUGAAGCGAGGGCCAGGUAGACCGAGGUUGAGGCCAGCAGGGCCUAGCCACACAGGGUCCCGAGGCUACCCUCGCCAGCGCGGCCUGGGCCGGGGUCUCGCAGCUACAGCAGGGCCUAGCACCUCGUCCUUGGUCCCCAGCAGUCUGCCCACUGAACCCAUCAAGCCUUUCGGCUACUACACUCAAGACCUUGAGAUCAUGCCCUUGGACAGAGACAUCACAUGACUCUAGCCUCACUGCGAUCCCACUUGUGAGAAUCUGUAGCUUGUGUUCAUAUUAGUGAGAUAUCUUGUGUACAUUAUUUUGCCAACUUCAGUGAUCAUUGUCUUCAACGUGCCAACCAACUACUUUGAAAUUCUUUGCUAAGCUCUCAUUGUUAUAAAAAGUAAACAAAUCUGAAUUCUAAGUUAGAUUGGUGGAAAUUAAAGGGAAUUAUCACAGCAAUUUGUCAUUUUGGGUUUGGAUUCUUUAAAUAUUUUUGACAGUAUCUCGUAUAGUAAAAACAGAAACACAAAGAGCGUAAAAUGAAGUGAUUCUAAUUAUGCAGGUACCUUAUUUUUUACACAACUUUUACCUUCCUCGUGCUUUGAUAAACAUUUUGGUUUUACAAAAUCAGUUGUGAUGCUACUAAAUAUUUUGCUAAUGGCAUUUUAUAAAUUAAGUUUUGAAUUGAUCAUGUCAUUGAAUGAAAUUAUGUUUGUACAUUGUAUGGAAUAAUUCAGUUUAUUAUUUAUUUUUUUGGUUUAGAUUACAGAGUCAUCUAUUUUCAAUAGGUAUGUGAUUCAUAAUUUUGGAUUUUUAUUGCAACAAUUUUUUUAUACUAUCUUUUUGUUGUUUUCUAAAAAUAGGAAACAAAAUGUGAAUUAAGGCUGUUUUUGUAAUGUAAAGUAGGUAAAUACGAUUAUGUAAUGAAUGGAUGUAAAAUCUGUGGUGGAACUUGCCACCUUGUCCUGAAUGCACAGUUUUGUAUAGCUGUUUGUUUGUUAAUAUGUUGUCAGUAUGUAACAUAUAUUUAUCUACUAUACAAUACAUGAAUCAGUAUUGAUAAUUUUUAUCAAUCAAUAUGUGAUAUAAACAAAUUUGGUAAUUACUGUGUUAAUCAAGUAAAUGUUUAUGGAAUGUUGUAAAUUAAACAUCUGUAACAUUUGUAAUGGUGUAUGACAUUUACUAUUUCAUACUAAUUAUUUUGUUGUAAUUGACAAAUUUUCAAUGAUUAUAGUAGUUUUGAAAAUAUUUUAUUUACUUCACUUAAAAAAUAAGUGGUCGAAUGAAAACCUUUAUUUUGUAAUUUAAAAUAGAAUUUAGUUUUUUGUUGCCUGGGCCAUAGGGCUUUGAUUGUUAUGAAGAUAUAAUGUUUUGUAUAUUAAAUGAUGAAAAUUAAUAAAAUUAUUUUAAAAAACCAUGAA